UUGUAUUACAGGACUUCCUGAUUUGCGAGUAUAACCGCUGUAUUUUCGCUAAUAAAUCAUCUUAAAUGCAGACGGAUUUCUCGCGAAACAACAUACAUUUCGGUAGAAACUAUUCGGUCAAACCGCAGCUGCGAACAUGAACACGGAAAAGGACUUUUCUCCUCUGACGCCGAACAUCGUCCGGGCUCUGAAUGAUAAACUGUACGAGAAGAGGAAAGUCGCAGCUCUAGAAAUUGAGAAAUUGGUGCGGGAGUUUGUGGCUCAGAAUAACUCCACUCAAAUCAGACAUGUUAUCCAGAUCCUGGCCUCGGAGUUUGCACUUUCCCAGCACCCCCACAGCCGAAAGGGGGGUCUUAUUGGACUGGCAGCUUGCUCCAUCGCCCUAGGUAAGGACUCCGGUCUGUAUCUGAAGGAGCUUAUUGAGCCUGUACUCACAUGUUUCAAUGACUCGGACAGUCGUUUGCGCUACUAUGCCUGUGAGGCCCUCUAUAAUAUAGUUAAGGUGGCCAGGGGAGCAGUGCUGCCCCACUUCAACCUCCUCUUUGAUGGUCUCAGCAAGCUUGCGGCGGAUCCAGACCCCAAUGUGAAAAGCGGAUCCGAACUCCUGGACAGACUGCUUAAAGACAUUGUGACAGAAAGUAACAAGUUUGACUUGGUGGCAUUUGUCCCUCUGCUCAGAGAGAGAAUCUACUCCAAUAAUCAAUAUGCUCGGCAGUUCAUUAUUUCCUGGAUCCAUGUUCUGGAGUCUGUGCCAGACAUCAACCUGUUAGACUACCUCCCUGAGAUCCUGGACGGGCUCUUCCAGAUCCUGGGAGACAACAGCAAGGAGAUCCGCAAGACAUGUGAGGUAGUGUUGGGAGAGUUUCUGAAAGAGAUUAAGAAAACACCCUCCAGCGUGAAAUUUGCCGAGAUGGCAAACAUCCUUGUCAUCCACUGCCAGGUUGCAGAUGAAACAAAGCUCACAAACGACCUAAUCCAGCUGACGGCUAUGACCUGGAUGAGAGAGUUUAUCCAGCUUGCUGGCAGAGUGAUGCUCCCUUACUCCUCUGGUAUUCUAACUGCAGUGCUGCCCUGCCUUUCCUAUGAUGACAGAAAAAAGAAUACCAAAGAAGCAGCAAGUGCCUGUAAUCACAGUCUGAUGAAGCUGGUGACUCCGGAGGAUGAUGAGGAUGAGGAUGAGGAGAGAAGUGGAAGUAUAGGGUCACCGUCUAGGGAGGACGGCCAGCCUAAGAAGGAGGCAGAUAGCAAUGAUGUGCUGAAUGCAUCACAAGAAUCUGUUGGUUUCAGUAAUAUCAGCUUCUUCACUCCAGCAAGUGCUGACAGGCCUCAGGUAACCCUUGAUCUGGAUGGUAUUGUUCAGGUCUUGGACCGACACCUCCACGACUCCUCCACUGGCAUGAUGACCCGCAUAGCUGUACUCAAAUGGGUCUACCACCUCUACAUCAAGACUCCACGCAAAAUGUUCCGCCACACAGACAGCCUGUUUCCCAUGCUGCUGAAAACACUGUCGGAUGAGUCUGACGAGGUGAUACUGAAAGAUCUGGAAGUGCUAGCUGAGAUAGCAUCAUCUCCGGCCGGCCAAACAGACCAAGUAGGCUCCUGCGACAGCACUGACAACAAACUGGUGCUCAAGGUCCCAGAGAGUGCCAAGCCAGGACAGCAGCCAAACACAGGGUCCAAAGCAGUGGACUCAUCUCCCUCCACUCCCAGUAUGAACUCGUAUUUUUACAAGUUUAUGAUCAACCUGCUGAAACGCUUCAGUCUGGAGAGGAAGCUUCUGGAGAACAGAGGAGCAUUCAUCAUCAGGCAGCUCUGUCUGUUGCUUCAUGCAGAGAACAUCUUCCAUUCCAUGGCUGACAUCUUGCUGAAGGAGGAGGACCUCAAAUUUGCCUCCACCAUGGUUCAGACACUUAACACCAUCCUACUCACCUCAGCUGAGCUCUUCCAGUUACGCAACCAGCUGAAAGACCUGCACACUCAGGAGAGCUGUGCUUUGUUUUGCUGCCUGUAUCGUUCCUGGUGCCACAACCCCGUGGCCACCGUGUCCCUUUGUUUCCUCACGCAGAACUACAAACACGCCUAUGAUCUCAUCCAGAAGUUUGGAGGUCUGGAGGUGACAGUAGACUUCUUGAUGGAGGUCGACAAGCUGGUACAGCUCAUUGAAAGCCCCAUUUUUACCUACCUGCGCCUGCAGCUCCUAGAUGUGGAGAAUAACCCUUACCUGAUAAAGGCACUGUAUGGCCUGCUGAUGCUGCUGCCACAGAGCCAGGCCUUCCAGCUGCUCUCCCACCGCUUGCGUUGUGUCCCCAACCCAGAGCUCAUGAGAACUGUGGAUGAAUCCAAGUAUAUGGACUCUAAACAGCAAGCAGUCUCCAAACGUGCCUCACAUACUCAGGUGGAUUACAAUGAGCUGCUCCAGCAUUUUGACUGUGUUCAGAGCAAACACCUGGAGGUCCGACACCAACGCUCUGGACGUGCCUCUGAUCACCUUGACAGGAAGCUGAUGUGAGGUCACUGUGCCAUAGUGACCUCUGGCCCCUGAGGACAGCGAGAGGACAGAAACAAUAUAUAUUGUUGGACUGGAAAAGAUUAUUAAGUGGCUAUUGAAUCCAAGAAGUAUUAAGUAAUUAUGAUUAAAGACUGUCUUAUCGGAGAAGCACUGGUUAUACAUUGUAAAAAAACAAAAAAAACAAACUGAUAUGUUUGUACAUGUCUUUGCUAAUAAUGAAGAGAAUGUUAUGUAACAUAAGAGGCAACACAUUUUAAAAAGAAAACCAAUUUAAUACAAGUCAGACUAUACACAGGCAAAUCACUACUGCUACUCCCUGUGAAGAUUUGAAGAAUGUACAUAAAGUCUCAUACAUCAGAAACUGUGAUAAUAUGGUCAUAUCCUGAGUUUCCAUCAUGCCCUGUCAGCAGCUGAGAUUUGUUCCAGUCAAAUGACAUGUUCAGUGUUUCAAGUGAAUCUGAUAUGCAUUUCAGUGUUAAAUAGCACUUCUGUCAUUUAAUGUCCAUGUGAACCACAGUAUUUUCAUGGUGUAUCCUGUUGAGUAUGAAUAGAGCAUGCGUUCAGGGUUGCGUUAAUCUCGUCAGCCAGGAAAGCAGUCUCACAUGUAGAGUAUUGACCCAGCUCAACAGAGAUUUUAAACUUUGGAAGCCAUGGAUGACUGACCUCUGGCAUCAAUCCUGGGUAGGCCGGUGUUCUUGUUCCACCUCCAUAUCUUUGUGAUUCCAGCCGAUCAGGAACUUCACCUAACACACCUCCAGCUUUUAAUUCUAUUUCUUUCUUAUAUAUUCUUCACAUAAUAUGUAUUUCUCAAUGUACAGUGUGUGUUUGUACUUCACAUUGCCUGUGUUAAAAUCAAUAAAGUGGACCAUGU